GGUCACCUAGGUGUUAUAAAUUAUUAAGAAGGAUGAUUUGCCUGCCAACACCUAGUUCAUUAAAAGCGUUAUUAAGCAAGUUUCACAUGAAAGUUGGUAUUAAUGACCAAAUUUUUAAUGUUUUGAAAAAAAAAACAAUAAAGCAACAGACUCCCUCAGACAAUGAGUAUAUCCUUAUGUUUGAUGAGAUGUCAAUAAAAAAGAAUUUGUUUUACAACAAAAAGCAGGACAUAAUUGAGGGUUAUCAAGACCAUGCAUUGCAGGGCAGUUCACCACAAAUGGCAACACAUGCCCUCGUGUUCAUGAUUGGCGGAAUCCGUAAAAAGCUGAAACAACCAAUUGCUUAUUAUUAUUCUAAGGAGGUCCUGCAACAUUGUUUUGAUGCUGGAAUUAAUAUUUCAGCUACAGUGUGUGAUAUGGAUGGUGUGAAUAAGAGAGCUUUAUUAAGUAUCUUGGGAGCAUCUGUAGAACAGCCAUAUAUUCUGCUAAAUAAUCGAGAAGUGGUUACCAUUUUUGAUACUCCGCAUUUGCUCAAAUGCUUUAGAAAUAUGUUUUUAAAAUAUGACGUUAAAUGUCCAACAAAUAUAACAUCAAAUGAUCAAAUUGGAUUUGGUGUUGCUAAAUGGAGCCAUAUAAAGGAGUUUUAUGAAACAGAUAACACCAAUCCCAAUUUUGUGUUUGCACCUUGCUUAAAACAAGAACAUUUAAAUCCAAAUACGAAGCAGAAGAUGAAGGUGAAGCUAGCUGCACAAGUGUUCAGCCACUCAGUUGCUGCAGGAAUGUAUGCUAAAAUUUCACAAGGGGAACUCUCUUCAGAGGCUGUCACUACAGCUAAUGUUAUUGCAAAUAUGGACAAGCUGUUUGAUUGUGUCAACGCAUGCACACCAGACCUAAGAAGGGGGAAACCAUAUUCGACAAACAUGACAAAUAAUACACCACAUCUCACACAUUUCACUUUAAUGAAGAUUUUUUUUAAAGAAAUGACGUUUUUGGGAUGCAAACGAGCUCCUCCAUCCCAAGAAGGUUGGAUAUGGUCCAUCAAUGGAAUAGAACGAAUUUGGAGAAAUCUCAGUUCUAAACAUAAAUCAAUAAAAAGUUUGGAAACAAGAAGGCUCCAGCAGGACCCGUUAGAAAAUCUUUUUGGAUGCAUUUGGGCCAAUUGCGGCUGCAAUUCAAAUCCCACUGCUGGGCAGUUUGUUGCGGGUCUUAAAACGGCUGUCCUUAUCAACUUAUCUUUUAUUAAGACAGGAAAUUGUGAAGAAGACCAAAAUCAAGUUAUAUUGACAAAUUUUAAAACUUUAUUGUCUCUACCCACAGACACACACUGCUUAUGCCACAAUUUUAACCGAUGAGUUAGAAGAAAGUGUAAAUUCUACAUUUGAAUGUAGCUUGGAAGAAAGCAGUGGCGAAAUACAAGCAUGUGCCUAUGUCUGUGGGUUUAUAGUAAAAAAUAAUCUCAACAAAUGUGAAAUUUGUAAAAAAAUAAAUACGCCUCUAAAAACCUCAUUAACUGUAUUGAAAGUAGUGCUACGAUGAUUUAUGAUUUUUUAGAGGCAGAAGCAUAUAAAAAAAAAAUUAAAAGGGACAAUUAAAGUUUUGUUCAAAAACUCAAUAAAUUGGGAGUUUCUCGAUGAAUGUCCAGAACAUAAAGAUAUGAAUAUAGAUUACUUAUUUAAUAGCGUAUUUCACAUUUGUAUGAAGAGAUUUUGUAUUUUGAAAAAUCGGCAAUUUGCAGAAGAGUACUCAGCAUCUGCUCUUAAAAGAAAAAUUGAUAUCCUGCAGAAUAAAUAAGAUAUUACAUGGAACUACUUUUUCUGUAUGUACAGUCAUAAUCACUUCAGUGGUGACAUUAUAUAAGGAGAUAAAAGGAGAGGGAGGAUUUGUCCUCUCUCGAGAGAGGCUGCCAAGGAGUGACUAGCGCUGAUGAGGCUACGGAUGUGUGUAAAAGUGUACCCGUAGUCCUGCCGAUAAGUGGUGAAGAUGAAACAUCUGAGAGUUUUAGUCGGAGUGGGUCAGAUAUUCCUUGCUUCCGCGAGGCAGGUAGGAUUUAAAUUUAAGUUUUUUUUUUAAAUAUUUGCCAUAUAGAGCCACUUUUGGAUUUCGAAUAUAGUAUUUUCGAAACUAUCACUUUACUGGUGCGAAUCAUACCUUACAGUCUUUUUAUCGUUUAAUGUCGGAUAGUUUAUUAGUCACCCUACAAACAAUCGUAUUGCUAUGCAACUAACUUUUAAGUUUACUGUGGGAUAUGGAUAACACAUACAUUUGUAUUUUUUAUAGAAUUUAGCAAGUAAAUGCUGUGACACUUAGACAUCUACCUGUAUUAUUGAAAAAUAAUAAUAACUACUUAACUAUUAAAUCGAUAUUUAGUUAAGAGCUGUUCAGAACUGUUUACAUGCAUAAAGUUAAAAAUUAGUUAAUUACGUAUAUAUCCAUGUAACAUCUUAUUUAUUCUGCAGGAUAUCAGUUUUUCUUUGAAGAGCUUGCAAAAGAGGGGGAUAUUUUACAUUUUAAUAUUUCAUUUACGGAAUCAUUUUUGCUCAAUACUUUGAGAAAUGCUUCAUUCUUUAGAUGCUUUACAGUUUUUUGAAGCCUGUUAAUUUUUCUCAGAUGAUAUUUCAUUUUUAUCAACAUAUCUUUAUCCUUUUUGUUUUUCGUGGAUGGAUUUGCAGCAGGUAGUGCUAAUUAAUGACAUGAAAAUGUUGACUUAUUAGUUUUUAAUGCAGUCAAUAACAAUAACAUAACGAAAAUAAUUUCUACAAAUGUAAUAUUAUUGGUGGCAUCUAUAAUAUAAUCAGGUUAUUGGAGUUUAGACAUAAUAUUGCAAAGCUAUUGCCUUGUUUGUAGAAUGUGAAGGUAAAUAAUGUUUUCUUGUUAGAAAAAAGUGUUUAUAUUAGAUUGUCUAAUCUUUUUUAUAUAAAACCAAUGUACCUUUACUUUCCAUUUUGCUUAAAUGUCAUGUUACAUAUGCCAUGUUAAAAAUUAGUUAAUUACUCCGUCACUUACGUCCAUCAAUGUACCAACGGUUUUUCUAUGUACCAAUGUAGACAAGUAUGUAAUGUAAAUAAAAAUGAUGUAUUUCA